ACCCAAUAAACUACCUACCAAACCCAAGCAGUAGCUUCCCCCAAAGUUUUCCCCAAAUUGUGAUUUCUUUCGCAUCUCCAUAAAUAAAUAAUCACCUUCCUUCUCUCCUCCAUACCGAUUACGAUUACGACUACGACAUGAGUGAACAAGCAAGUACUGGCGCCGUUAAUCUGCCACUCCAAGACCGAGUGGCAAUCGUCACCGGCGGCUCCCGAGGAAUCGGCCGAGCCAUCGCCCUCCACCUGGCCUCCCUCGGCGCCAAAAUCGUCAUCAACUACUCCUCCAAUUCAUCCCAAGCCGAACUCGUUGCCUCCCAAAUCAACAGCAAUAGUAGUACCAGUGGCUGCCGCCGAGCCAUCACCGUCCAAGCCGACGUCUCCGAUCCAGCCCAAGUGAAGUCCCUCUUCGAAGCCGCCGAAUCCACCUUCAAUUCCCAACCCCACAUCUUCAUCAAUUCCGCCGGCGUACUCGACCCCAAGUACCCAACCCUCUUCAACACUUCCAUCCAAGAUUUCGACAAAACUUUCAGGGUGAACACGAGGGGGGCCUUCCUCUGCUGCAAGGAGGCAGCGAAUCGGCUGAAGCGGGGCGGUGGUGGGAGGAUUAUAUGCUUGUCUUCGUCGCAGGUAGGGUCGCUGAGGCAGGGUUUUGGGGCUUAUGCAGCGUCCAAGGCAGCAGUGGAAGCGAUGGUGAAGGUAAUGGCAAAGGAGCUGAAAGGGACGGGAAUCACCGCUAACUGCGUGGCUCCAGGGCCGAUUGCUACUGAGAUGUUUUUCGAUGGGAAGACGGAGGAGAUGGUGAGGAAGGUGGUGGAGGAGUGCCCUUUGGGUCGACUCGGUGAGACCCACGAUGUGGCUCCUGUUGUUGGGUUCUUGGUUAGCGACGCUGGUGAGUGGGUUAAUGGCCAGGUCGUACGUGUCAAUGGUGGCUACGUCUGAUUCUCAUUCUCAUUCCCAUUCCCAUUCCGAUUCCUAUUCCGAUUCUGAUUCUGAUUCUAAUCAGUAGCUUAUUUGCUAAGUUAUAUUACCCAAGAAAGAGUGGGAGGCAUUGAGUGAGUUAUUGAGUGAGUUGAUUGGAUUAAAAUUCUGACUCCGACACCAUGCUGUAUGAGAAUAUCAAUUUGUGUGUCGAGAGGUGGAUGUGGAGCAUUGAAUUCUAGACAAAGCGAGUAUAAUCUUUUAUUUCAGCACGUAUUAUGUUUUUGUGAUUCUCUGUAAAGCAUUUGGCUGCAUUACUUGUAA